AUGUCACCACUUGAUAAAGGGCACAGCAUUGAUCAAGGUGGAAUUGAAUAUAAGCAUUCAGAGAACACAACAGUCGCAGCGAGUGCCAUUCCUUUUGUUAUUCCAAGUUCAAAAUAUCAUAGCAAUUCAAACCCUAGUGGUGGUUAUACAUGCACGUUUGUGACUCAACCAAUGUCCGUUUCCAACGGUGUGUCGACAAAUAUAAAUAAUGAAAAUCACUAUCAUUCGGGGAUUAAAACAGCACCACUUCUGCUUUAUGAUGGAAAUUUAUAUCCUGGUGCAAUUCUAAAUGGCAAUAUAUAUCAUCAAGGUGCACCAUUAAACCCAUUGAAUCCUUCACCGUAUAACAGUUCAAACAUGGUUCAAGUUCCGACGUCUGCUCCUAUCCCAGUUACCCAACAAAUCAGGAUUCCAGUAACGGUACCGAUACCUAAUGCCCACCUGAAUGCGAGAUCAAAUAUUUCAACAACAGCUUUAUCCCCUCUUAUUUUACCAACUCCUGGGAAUAAUGCGCAUGCAGUACUAGAACAAAAUUUAUUGGUUUCACCAAUAUCACAAAUGAAUACGAUUAGACCAUUAUCAGCUAUUUCAUCUAGACCACCCUACCUGAGCCGGUCUUGGAGUGAGAAUGGAAAUACCAUUGCCACGAAACAUGAUAAGUCUGAAGUCGUUGCAAGAAAAGUACCAGAUUUCAAGGAGAACGCUUCCGGAAGAAACAUAUUGCAAAGACAGACACAUUCUUGUACAUCAUCACCAUGUAUCGAGCAUCGCAAUACUUCCGAGAUAUCUGAGCAUUAUGACUCAAUAUCAUCAUUAAUCAACAUCAUUAACGUGAUAAUUUCUAAAAAGUUGGAUGAAAACACUCUAAAUACACAUGACGUAUCUGAAGACAGUAAUUUGAGCAUAGAAUUUAGUCGAUUUCCUGAUCAAAAAUUGGUAUUUGAUGAAACUCAGAAUACAGAUGAUCUGAAAUCAGAAACGAUUGCUCUUCCUUCUGUGGUCAAAACUUGCCCAUCAUUUGAUUCGUUUGGCAUUCUACCUCGAGACAUAAAAUAUUUGAACGAGUUUUAUAAAAACUUCACCCGUAUGACUUUUCCGUUGUGUUCACAGUCACAUUUAAAUCCUGCUAAGAAUAUUAUUCUAAACUAUGCCAUGAAUAAUAAGUACCUCUUAUCAGCCGUUCUUGCCUGUGGUGCAUUUCAAAAAUGGACACAAUCGCAUAAUGUCAAAGACGGGGAUGCUUAUUACAAAUAUCUAGGGAACUCGCAAACAAUACUUUCUUCUACGUCUGAUUCAAAAGGUAUUCCCACGGAGAGCUUGGUUUUGGAUAUUUUACUGAUGGCAUCGUUUACACCAAGAAAGGAGAUCACACAUUGGAAGCCACAUCUAUUAGCAGUUAAGAAAUUGUUGAUGCAACCAAACCGGAACAGUACGAUAUGUACCUACGUUUUGGAAUUUUGCCGAACAUGGUAUAUUUCAAUAUGCCUGUCUAUUAGUAUUCCAUUUCCAUAUUUAGAUAAGGAUAUAUCAUCAACAGAUUUUCGACUUUCAAUACCAGAGAGUGUGUUAUCAAAAAAAUAUCUGCAGAGCAUGAAACUUAUCCGAAAGGAUGGUUUUAAUUACAUAUAUGGUCACACAAAUAAACUUUGUUCAAUAAUCCAGCAAAUACACGAAUACGGAAGAAGAGUCAAUAGGUGGAAAUAUACUAACUCUGAAUGCAAACCACAAAUUACUCUUCUUGAGACAAAUAGAAUAUUGAAUGAAUUGAUGAAGGAACACGAAUAUUCUAUCAUUGGCAAUGAUGGAAUUUCUGAAUCCUUUAACAAAAUUUCUCUAAAAACACUAUCACUACCCGAGGGGGCAGUGGAGGAAAUUGAGUUGAAAAAUGGAACUACGAUUACCGUUUCAUGGUAUGACAUAAGUCAACAGUCAUUCGUCUGGUCUGCAAUUAUAAUUCUUCUUUCGGUCAUUGGUGAAUUGCCUUCGGAUCACUACAUGGUCCAAGAGGCCGUGCAUAAAAUUCUUAGUCUUCUCGUAUUUAUGAAUGCCAAGGAACCAUUAUCCAACAAUUUAAUGUUUAUACUUGAGCGUCCAGUAUACGUGGCUGCGGUUAAUUGUAUUACCACCGAUGACAGAAAAUUGAUAUCGAAAUUCUUUUUGCAGUUACAUCGGAUGGGUCACAUUUCCGCCCACAUCGACUUGGAGGACUUGUAUGAAUGCUGGGGAAACAAGAAACAUGAUUAG